AUGCCCUCCUGGGCCCUCUUGGUGGUCACCUCCUGCCUCCUCCUGGUCCCCCAAAACCUGGCACAAGUCACCAGCCAAGAUGCCUCCUUGCUGGCCUCGGACCCAGAGCCCCUGAACUGUUUUUCUCGAACAUUUGAGGACCUCACUUGCUUCUGGGAUGAGGAAGGGGCAGCACCCAGUGGAACAUACCAGCUGCUGUAUGCCUACCCAGGGGAGGAGCCCCGUGCCUGCCCCCUGAGUUCCCAGAAUAUGUCCCCCUUUGGAACUCGAUAUGUGUGCCAGUUUCCAGCCCUGGAUGAUGUUCGUCUCUUCUUUCCACUGCGCCUCUGGGUGAAGAACGUGUUCCUGAACCUCAACCUGACCCAGCGGGUGCUCUUUGUGGAUCAUGUGGGCCUACCAGCUCCCCCCAAUAUCAUCAAAGCCAUGGGUGGGAGCCAACCAGGGGAACUUCAGAUCAGCUGGAAGGCCCCAACUCCUGAAAUCAGUGAUUUCCUGAGGCACCAACUCCGCUAUGGUCCCAAGGAUCCCAGGAACUCCACUGGUUCCACAGUCAUGCAGUUGCUGUCCACAGAAACUUGCUGCCCAGCUCUGCGGAGGCCAAACCCAGCCCCAGCUCUGGAUCAGCCUGCAUGUGCAGAGCCCAUGAGGCCCCAACAAGACAGACCAGAACAGACCUUCCCAACUAGAGAAGCUCCAUCUCUGACAGUGAUGAGUGGAAGCUGCCUCAUCUCAGGGCUCCAGCCUGGGAAUUCCUACUGGCUCCAGCUGCGCAGCCAACCUGAUGGGGUCUCCCUCCAUGGCUCCUGGGGACCCUGGUCCCACUCUGCAACCGUGGACCUGCCUGGAGAUGCAGUGGAAAUUGGACUGCAAUGCUUCACCCUGGACUUGAAGAAUGUUACCUGUCAGUGGCAGCAACAGGACCACGCUAGCUCCCAAGGCUUCUUCUAUCACGGCAGGCCAUGGUGCUGUCCCAGAGACAGGGACCCCAUCUGGGAGAAGUGUGAAGCAGAGGAGAAAAAUCCAGGAUUACAACCCUCCCAGUUCUCCCGCUGCCACUUCAAGUCACGAAAUGACAGCGUUAUUCACAUCCUUGUGGAGGUGACCACAGCCCAGGGUGCCUUUCACAGCUACCUGGGCUCCCCUUUCUGGAUCCACCAGGCUGUGCUCAUCCCCACGCCAAACUUGCACUGGAGGGAGGUCUCCAGCGGGCAGCUGGAAUUGGAAUGGCAGCACCCAUCAUCCUGGGCAGCCCGAGAGACCUGCUAUCAGCUCCGAUACACAGGAGAAGGCCAUCAGGACUGGAAGGUGCUGGAGCCGCCCCUGGGCGCGCUGGGGGAGACUCUGGAGCUGCGCCCGCGCUCCCGCUACCGCCUGCAGCUGCGCGCGAGGCUCCACGGCCCCACCUUCCAAGGCCCGUGGAGCGCCUGGUCCGACCCGGUGCGGGUGGAGACCGCCUCGGAGACCGCUGACUGGAAUGUAGUCUCUAUGCACCUAGCCAGGACCAACAAAAAAGUUAGGGGGGAAGGAUGUGAUGCUGCUGAACCUUUUCCCCAGUUUACCAGGAACCUGAGGCAUGCCCUGUGGCCCUCACUUCCAGACCUGCACCGGGUCCUAGGCCAGUACCUUAGGGAUACUGCAGCCCUGAGUCCGCCCAAGCCUGCAGUCUCAGAUGUCUAUGAGGAAGUGGAACCCAGCCUCCUUGAAAUUCUACCUAAGUCCUCAGAGAAGACUCCAUUGCCCCUAUGUUCCUCCCAGACCCAGAUGGACUACCGAGGAUUACAGCCCUCUUGCCUGGGGACCAUGCCCCUGUCUGUGUGCCCACCCAUGACUGAGUCAGGAUCCUACUGCACCACUCACAUUGCCAACCAUUCCUACUUACCGCUGACCUGUUGGCAGGCCCCUCAUUCCCAGUACCCUGGCCAGAUCCAAACUCUCUAGACCUUUCUUCCCAUUCUCUCUACCCACCCUACCCCAUCCCAUCCCACCCCACCCCAACACCAUACACAUCUCAGACCUCACUUUCAUCCCCCUUGUUGACCCUCAUAGCUGGGCUUCACAACACUGAUCUUGCAGUAUUGCUGCUGACAUAAAUCCAGGACCCUCUUUCCUCAGGAGACUCAUUUAUUUGACUAAGCUCUAACUUCCACCUUCUUUCUCUCUCCUCUUUAAUGCCACGCUCCUUGAAAAGAAGUCUUCAUGCUUCCCCACUUUUCAUUUGCUCUUUAGACUACUUCAGUUAGUUCUUCUACCACUUUGCUAAUUAAACUGCUCAGAGUUCACCUCAAACUCUCUAAUUGCAAGAUCCAAUAGGAACCUUGUUAACCCUCCAUUUAUUUGAUCUCUCUGUGGCAUUUGUCAUGGUGACUACUUGUUUCUGCUUUAAAUUCUCUCCUACCUUGGCUUCCAUAACAUCACAGUCUCUCCUGGUUUUGCUCCUCCAGUGCUUAAGAGCAUAAACUCUGAAGUCAGCACUGAGUUCAAUUCCUGUCAUCUCACUUACUAGCUGUGGGCAAAUAAAGUCUUUGAACCUUAGUUCCUCACCUAUAAAAUAGGGGCAGUGAAACCCUACAGAGAGUUGUGAAUAGGAUUAAGUGAGAUAAUCUAAGGAAAGCACAGUGCCCAGGACAUAGUGUUUAAUAUACCUGAAUGGUUAGAAUUAUUCUUUCUUGUUCUCUUAUCAUGGCAUCUUAUUUAUAGCAGUCCCUCAAGAGUCCAUUCUUAACAGUCUCCAGUUCCAUCCAUUUUCAUGGCUUUAUCCUGACCAUCCCAAAAUUCUUGUCUCCAGCCCAGACUUCUACUACAGCACCUGUGAUGCCUUAUGCAAGUAACUGUUUACAUGUCUGUCUCCCACUACUAGAUUGUGAGUUCUUUGAAGGCAAGGGCUCUGAUUUGUCUUUUCUCCCCUGAGUAGUGCUUGGUGCACGGCAGUAAGCCUCCAAUAAAUGUUUUCUAAAUGAAUGAAAUAUUUCUGGACACUACUACCUUAACCUCAUGCCAACCUCCCUCAUCCAGUAAGCCAUUCACAUACAGCAGUAAAUGUGCUUUGGCCAUUCUAGCUAUGGAUUCCCCUGACAAAAGUGUUUUUGUUUUUUGCUUCUUUUUUUUUUCCUGGCUCCAAACAUACCCACUGUACCAGUCAGGGUCUUGGCAGAAAUAGAUGGCACACCCAAACUGGGUAUCUUGAUGAGAGUUUAAUAAAGGGAAUAUUUAUAAAGAUAAGGCAGGAUUUAGGAAAACUCUCAAGGAAUAGUGCAGUACCCCAGGGCUAACAACAGCUUGGGGCCAGUUCCACCCCUAGGCAUCAAAGGGUAAGGUUAGAGAGUGGUUACUAUAUCUAGGGAGAGUCG